AGUAGCGCCGUAAGUGUGCCGAGAUUGACUUCGCUAAGUAUGCACCCAACCACAUCUCCCUCAAAGGCUGCUUAUGGUCGCACUUACGACUCCAAGCUCGUAACUCGCGAAAUGCACCGACUUGGCACUGUUCCUUCUAGUUCGGCCUCUUUACCUAACCCUUCUAUUCCUCAGGCAUCGACAUCUUCAUUAUCAUCCUCGUCAUCCAAUGAUCCCUGGGGUUUUCUACAUGUAAAUCUACUACCAUUGUUCAAUGGAGAGCCGUUGAGGAUACCAAUUGAAGACCUGAAUAACCUUGUCAGGCGUCACAUAUCAUCUGUAGUUUCGUCUACACCGUCUAAAGCUCUGUCGACACUGGAAAGCGACACCGCCGAGCUGCUCUCUUCCGGCAUGGUCACGUUGAACGCGAAACUAUCCGGUAUCGAAGACGACAAACUCAUCUCACGAGUCGUCGAGCUCUGGGGCUUUUUCUGGGACCAAGUCCUCACGUACGUGGAGGGCGUUUUACUUCCUCUCCAAAUAGAUCCCCUUUUAUCCUCGCUCUACCGUGGACCGAAACGCCCAAGCUCACCUUCCCGCCAAACAUCUGGUAACAAACAGUCCAAACCGUCAUUAUCUAUAUCAUCUUCACUCGGAAUGUCUUCCUAUCACAUCGAUGUACGUACAGUAGCACUUUGCUCCUUCCGCGACAAAAUCAUUCUCCCUCUUUCGUCUCGCCUCUAUGCCCGGCUGUCAGCCACCUCGAACAUGAGCCUGAACAAGAAUUCACAUCAGGAGCCAUUACAAGAGACACCUCCGCGUAUGCAGCAGAUGCUCCUAGUACUCUCUGCACAGUCCCGACCGCGACCUCAGACGCUCUCGUUAGGCAUUGCAGGCGGCAGCUCGAAUGCAUCGAAUUUAUCCACAGGCGAAGCCGCUAUUGCAGACCUUCUCCGUGUUGUGCGCUCUGCUUCCCGCUUGCACUACCAAUCGACCUUCAAUCGACCAAGUGGAGGGCGUCCCAUUCCCGGUUCGUCUGUCUCCUCCCGGCAAUAUCAUCCGGGUAUCAACAACCGCAUGGGCAUAAGUAGCGGCGUUGGUAUAGGUGAAAAUAGUGUACGAGCGCCAAACUUCCUGAGCGAAGGCGGACCUGGUGAUCGUCGAGGUCGCGUCGCAGAUAAAAAGCUCACCAUUCGAGGGCGUCUGAACAUCACUCCAGCUUUGGGUGGCGAUGAGUACCUCAAUGGUGGUGACUUAGAUACCCCCAGAAAUAACACGGGUAUGGAUAUCGGCAUGUUCGGGUUUACGGAAAUCGAGAGGCAGAGGGAGAGAGACUUUUUCUUGGAUUCAUUGAAGAGUCCGGAUUUACCUCCUGGGACGCCUACGGGUAGCUCAACGACAGCUACAGUUACUGCUCCCCGUGCGAGUAUAGGUGGUUGGGGACUGGGUGCAGGGAAUGAGCCUGGUGAAGGAGGGGACGAGGACGAGCCGCUGGACUGGGAUCAGGCGCAGGCUGUUGUAGAGCGUAUGGUUGGGAUGACUUCUUCGCAUCAAGAAACUAAUGGGCAACCAGCAUUGAGUGCGAACAGUAAUAACUCGCAUUUCCCUUCCGCUGGAAAUAGUGUGAGUCCUGCACCUCCGGUCGCUCGACGAAGGAUGACUUGAGAAUUUUGUGCUGUUUUCAUUGUCUGCUUUGGUAGUAGGUAGGAUAGGAUAGGAUAGGAUAGUAUGUAUAAUGCAUUGACAAAUCCAUAACAUCGAUAACAUCAAUACCUGAUUGUCUCGACUGUGAAUUACCUCAUAGGUGCACUUACGGUUUCAGUCGGAGACGCCUAAUU